AUGGCAACGGACCCAAACAUAGACGACUCAAUCAUUAACCGUGGAAUUGUCGUCUUCUCAGGUGGAAGUGCAGCCAACAGCCUGGUAGAUGCGUUCAAUACAGUGAGAGCCAAUAAACAAUGUCUUCUCAACUACGUUAUCCCCAUAUCGGACAACGGUGGUUCGACGUCGGAAUUGAUUCGAGUAUUUGGUGGACCUGGGAUUGGAGAUGUUCGAAGUAGAUUGGUACGAUUAAUACCGGAUUCGGCACCAGCCUCUGAAAGGGCUGCAGUAAAGGCCCUCUUCAAUCAUAGACUGAAUGCCGAUGCUGCAGCAGCUAGAGAGAAUUGGCAGUCUAUUGUUGAUGGCACAUCAUCGUUAUGGUCGCGCAUCACACCAGCCAAAAAGGAAUUGAUACGAUCAUUUUUCAACUACCUCAACCUUGAGAUUUUGAAAAGAGCACGUCCACCUACAUCUACAUUUGAUUUUAGUUCUGCCAGUGUCGGAAAUCUAUUCCUGACAGGCGCUCGCCUUUUCACCGGUAGUUUCGAGAGCGCCAUACAUCUUUUGGGAAGUAUAGGCGGUGUUUCAUCUGAUUUGGUCCGCGUUAUCCCCGCCAUCAACUCAAACUUCUCGCAUCAUAUCUCUGCAUCUCUCGAAGAUGGCUCUGUUAUUGUCGGACAAAAUAGUAUUUCGCAUCCCAGCAAUGCCCCCGGCUCCCCAAAACUGGGUAGGAGAAGGGCUAGCUUGCUCUUAGCGGACGGAGAUGCCGAUGAUUCUGAUUAUCUUGACAUGGACGAUGCCACUUCAUAUCAGCAUGAUCAUAUACCGGGCUCAUUACCCAGUUUGCGAUAUAAGAACAUCACAUUUAACAAAGCCGAUACAGAGGAAUUGCCUUGUCGCAUAUCGCGGAUAUGGUAUAUCAAUCCGUACGGUCAGGAAAUUCGACCACCGGCUAAUCCGCGAGUGCUGGAGGCGAUUAAUGACAGCCAAGCGAUUAUAUACAGCAUUGGGUCUUUAUAUACAUCUAUUAUACCUUCGCUCAUCCUACGCGGCGUUGGAAAGGCAAUCGCCAUGAGUCCAGCGCGACACAAGAUUCUGAUUUUGAAUGGAUCGCUUGAUCGAGAAACAGGACCAUCGAGCAAACCAUUCACAGCUGUCGAUUUCGUGGAAGCCAUCGUCAAAGCGGGAGAGGAAAGUCGUGGAAAGGGUGGAGGAAGCGGCCUUCCAAACGGCCGCCAUCGUAGCAUGGACGCUAUCAUGGAUAAUCUACCGGGUUCUACCACUGCUACUAAUUCUCUCGUCACUCCGGAGUCCUCUGUGCCAAGUAUCAUUGAGCCAUUAUCACCUGCUCCUUCAUCUCUAGGAGCAAAAAAGCUACUUCCGUACACAUCAUACGUCACGCAUAUCCUACAUCUGGAGGGCCCAGGCACGCCGUCCGUUGAUCGCGAACGACUUUCUGCCAUGGGAAUUGAGACACUGCGUCUUUAUGGACCAAAGAUAAUGUCAGAUGACGGGAAGACCGUCCUGGGAAUGAGGUAUGAUCCUACUGCUUUAGUCCAAGCGUUGGAGGUAGUGUUGGGAAAGAAAGGUGAUGCUAUGCUUCGAGGGAAACUGGGCGGUGGUGUUAGUAGACGGAAUACUUUGGAAGGAGGGUAUAAAGAACGAUAA